ACGAAGCACACCUCGUCUGUCUCCGAUUAUCUUACGCGAUCUCUGGUGCUCAUCCCCGAUCCUGUUUAUUGAUGAUCAGAUUUUAGGCAUCAGAAAGACCUUUUUGCUACAGCUCUUGGACGAGUACUGUUGUGUACAGCUGGAUUCUUAGGAAGCAACUAUGAUGACUGAAUCUUACCAGAACCAAGCUGAAUGGCUGCUAAAGGAAUAUGUAUUAGCAGAUUCAUUCAUCCCAUAUACAUCAGUUGUUUUUGGCAUUUUUGCUUGUAAGAUGGUCUAUGAUGUCACUCAGUUGUUUAGUACAAUUUAUUUUAAGAGUUAUUCCAACUUAUCAAAGCUCCAACGCACAGAGUGGAAUAACAGAUCCAUAUCAACAAUGCAUGCAAUUUUUAUCACAGUCAUGGCUUUAUACUUUGUCUUCUGGUCAGAUCUCUUUUCUGACAGUCAACAUGCUGGCUUGAUCACUUUUCGUAGUUCUUCAUUAUCUACUUUUGCAUUGGGGGCUUCUGUUGGUUACUUCUUGGCUGAUAUUGGGAUGAUCAUUUGGUUUUAUCCUUCUCUGGGCGGAAUGGAGUAUGUUAUUCACCAUCUUCUUUCAGUAGUAUCAGUAGCAUAUUCUAUGAUGACUGGGGAAGGGCAACUUUACACCUUUAUGGUGCUCAUCUCCGAGACAACCACCCCUGGAAUCAACUUGAGAUGGUAUCUUGACACAGCUGGAAUGAAGAGAUCAAGGGCUUACUUAAUCAACGGGGUUGUAAUAUUUGUUGCAUGGCUGGUUGCCAGAAUCCUCCUGUUUCUGUACCUUUUUUACCAUGUCUACUUGCACUAUGAUCAGGUAUACAAAUUUAUGCGAAAUGUAACAAUUAAUACAUUCAACCUGCAUGUGAUUUGCCUCUUCUGGCAUAUGGUUGAAUUGAAGAAACCUAAAACUAUGCUAAUGGUUUUCAAAAAAUUAAUAGGUGUCCGUCCUUCAAAUGCCUUCUCCAAUAUGGGGGAAUCCUCUUUUACUUGAUUGACUACUGAAUCAAUGCCAAGCGUUCGGAUGACAUGUGAUGUGUCUCAUUAAACAGGUUAAGCAGAUGCAUUUAUACGGGCUGCUGCUUGUGUCCAUUGUGCCACAGGUGCUUGCUGUCAUGAACAUGAUGUGGUUUUGGAAGAUUAUCAGGGGAUUGAAGAAGACAUUAGCAAAGAGGCAAUGAAGAAACAUCAACCGGUUGACACUGGAUAAAUGACAAGCUGAGAGGGUGACCCUCUCUUCGGUCCUUCCCGUGCAUUCUUUCUUUUAGUUUGUUAUUAAUCUGUAAAUGAUAUAGAUGGUAUAGAUAAAUCUAUGGAGUGGUAUGGCCCGAACGCCGCAAAUUAAUAGAAACCAGAGGUGUUUAUACGCGCAGAAACGAAAGCUUUGGUAAGAAACCAUAUCAUUUCUGUUUUUAUAUGGUAGAUUAUCUUAUCUUUACAGCCACAGACAUUGAAUUCAUGCAC